AUGGCUUCUCAAAAACUAUGGGGUGGAAGAUUUACUGGCACUACGGAUCCUUUGAUGACUGCCUACAAUGAAUCUAUACAUUAUGAUAAGCGCAUGUUCAAUGCUGACGUGGAUGGUUCGAAAGCGUAUGCGAAAGCUCUAGAGCAACGUGGGAUCGUCGACAAAGUUGAGCUUGGAAAGAUUUUGGAAGGAUUAGAAAGCGUUCGCGCUGAAUGGAAAGCAGACAAGUUUGUUCUCCAUCCUUCUGACGAGGACAUUCAUACUGCUAAUGAGCGCCGACUCGGUGAAAUCAUUGGCACAGGAAUCGCCGGCAAGUUGCAUACUGGUAGAAGUAGAAACGACCAAGUUGCUACGGAUAUGCGUCUUUGGCUUCGUGAAGAGAUCAAAAUUGUUAAAGCUUUUCUCGUUGAUUUGUUAAAGGUAUUUGCUUCUCGUGCCGAAAAGGACAUCGGUAUCGUUAUGCCUGGAUAUACCCAUUUACAACGUGCCCAACCCAUCCGCUGGUCGCACUUUUUGAUGUCUCAUGCGUUCUCACUCCUGUCUGAUUUGACCCGUCUGAACCAGUUGUACAACCGUGUCAACCAACUUCCAUUGGGAGCGGGUGCUUUGGCUGGUAACCCCUUUGCUGUCGACCGAGAAUUCCUCUGUAAGGAACUUGGUUUUGACGGCAUUAUCAUGAACUCUAUGAAUGCUGUUGCUGACCGUGACUUUGUUAUUGAAUUUAUGUAUUGGUCUAGUAUGGUUAUGACCCAUGUUUCUCGGUUGGCUGAAGAUUUCAUUAUCUAUUCUAGCUCUGAGUUUAGUUUUGUAACACUAUCCGAUGCAUACUCAACGGGUAGUAGCAUUAUGCCUCAAAAGAAAAAUCCUGAUUCCCUAGAAUUGCUUCGUGGUAAAUCUGGUCGUGUUUUUGGUGACAUGGUUGGUUUCAUGAUGUCCGUAAAAGGCAUUCCAUCCACCUACAAUAAGGAUUUACAAGAAGACAAGGAGGCUCUAUUUGAUUCUGUCAAGACUGUUUCUGAUUCUAUCCAAAUCCUUACUGGUGUCCUUUCCACCUUGACUGUCAAUCCUGAAAAAAUCGCUAAAAGCUUAACCGCUGAUAUGUUGGCUACAGAUUUGGCCGAGUACUUAGUUCGAAAGGGUGUUCCAUUUCGUCAAACCCAUCAUGUCUCUGGUUCCGCUGUUCGUAUGGCUGAAGAGAGAAACACCACAAUCGACAAGCUUUCCGUUGAUGACUUCAAGUCUUUACAUCCUCUCUAUGAGGAUGACGUUGUAAAUGUCUUCAACUACGAGGAAAGUGUUGAAAAACGAUGUGCUAUUGGCGGUACUGCUAAGUCUUGUGUACUGGAGCAAGUAAAGACCCUCAAAGAAGCUCUUAAUUAG